AUGGUCGCAAGUGCAAAAGCCAUCCAGGCGUUGGGCAAGUUCGCGUCUUGCGACAUCGGGGAUGCGCUCGUCAACCUAGGACUCCGUCAUGGAGGAUAUCUGUCCGGUCUCAAAAUGUACAGCCCGGGGUCGAACGGGACAGUAGCCAAGAUCUUUGGGCCUGCGUACACCGUUCGCAUGGUGCCUUCCGCCCACAAAACAUCGCCCACACCGCCUUGCCACUUCGCCGAUGCCAUUCCCAAGGGCAGUGUGGUUUUUGUCUCGCAGCCCAAGGGACUUAUCAGCGCAUGCUGGGGUGGCCUGAUGAGCACCCGUGCGAAGAAGCUGGGAGCGGCCGGCGUCGUCAUCGAUGGUCGAUUCCGUGAUAUUUCUGAGCACCAGGAAUUGAACAUGGGUCUUUUCGCUCGUGGAAUCAGUAUCCUGGGGUCCAACACCUUCACUCGCUCGUCGGAGCUGAACGUGCCUGUUCAGUAUGAGAAUGUCGAGGUUGACGAGAAGGUCACCGUUACCCCUGGUGAUUACAUCCUUGGUGAUCAGGACGGUGUGGUUUCUAUUCCUGUCAGCCACAUUGAAGAGUGCGUGCGUCUUUGUCAGGAACGAUAUGAGAUCGACCAGAAGACGUUGGAGUGCCUUGAGGCUGGCGAGGAGAUGGGACCGACUAUUAAGAAACUACGGAAAUGA